AUGCACACAGUGAAAGCAGACAGGGUUACGUAAGGUAAGGGCAGUGUUUGUCCCUGUUCCACUGCAGUCUAAUGUCUCAACCUUGGAAUUAAAGCUGGCGUUGACUUUUUUCAUCUUAUAGCUAGUGACUAACAUUGGCAUAUUCACAUCGCAAUAAACGAAGGACUCAUAUUGCGUUAUAGAGGGUUGGCCUUUUUGGGUUUUUAUUAAACUGCUCCAUCUUGACUUGUAAUUGAAUGAAUGGCAUAGAGUGCUCAUGUCAGUUGUUUCGGCCCUGCUGCAAUUGCCUACAAAGAGGAUCACAAUGGCUAUAGACAGUUUUUGGUAUAUGUAUUUGUUGCUGGGUGUAGCAUUUUUAGGUAUUUUAAAUCGUCAAAUAAAAAUAAAAUAAAAACAAUCUCUCUACAGCCCUAUACAGUGAAGUCAUCAUGUCCUCUCGUCCAAUCACAAUACUUUCAUCCAGCGUGGGACAUAUGAUCAACUACAACGGUAAAUUCCAACAGUGAUUUUUUAUCAUAUCAAAAAGUGUGCCCAGUGAAUUCAAGGCACUUUGUCAAUAAAUACAACUCUGACUUUGGCUUCAACCUCGAAUUCAGAAUUAAUUGUUUGAAUUCAGUGAAAUAUAAACUGUGGUUUCAGGGGGACGGACCCAUGGCACUCCCCCUUCCCUGCGACCCAAACACCUCCGGGAGGAGGACAGGGAGUCAGGCCUUGGGUCUACUCUGGACCUCAUCAGCAGCUGGGAGGGGUACAGCCAGGAGGACGACCCAACCUCACCCACCUCCUCCCCCAAACCAAGGGAAGGGAACAGCCCCCCCAAAGAGCAAGGUACAGCACUCUGAAGUUUCAGAGACAUUUUCACCCUGCAAGCUAUAAUACUAUAUUUACAUCAACACUCCUACAAGAGGAGAUACUGUGUAGUGAAUGUGGAGGAGAGUCACUGUGAUAACCUCUUAGUCAGUAAUUUGUUAUUGUAUUUUAUUUUAUUAGGAUCCCAAUUAGCCCACACCAAUGCCAACAGCUACAGUGCCUUGAAAAAAUAUUCAUCCCCAUUGGCGUUUUUCCUAUAUUGUUGCAUUAAAACCUGUAAUUUAAAUGGAUUUUAUAUUUGGAGUUCAUGUACAUUUUACAUUUUAGUCAUUUAGCAGACGCUCUUAUCCAGAGCGACUUACAGUUAGUGAGUGCAUACAUAUUUAUUUAUUUUUCAUACUGGCCCCCCGUGGGAAUCAAACCCACAACCCUGGCGUUGCAAACGCCAUGCUCUACCAACUGAGCUACAUCCCUGCCGGCCAUUCCCUCCCCUAUCCUGGACAACGCUGGGCCAAUUGUGCGCCGCCCCAUGGGUCUCCCGGUCGCGGCCGGCUACGACAGAGCCUGGAUGUAAUGGACAUACACAAAAUAGUCCAAAUUGGUGAAAUGAAAUGAAAAAAAUUACUUGUUUCAAAAAAUUCUACAAAAUAAAUAACGGAAAAGUGGUGCGUGCAUAUGUAUUCACCCCCUUUGCUAUGAAGCCCCUAAAUAAGAUCUGGUGCAACCAAUUACCUUCAGAAGUCACAUAAUUAGUUAACUAAAGUCCACCUGUGUGCAAUCUAAGUGUCACAUGAUCUGUCACAUGAUCUCAGUAUAUAUACACCUGUUCUGAAAGGCCCCAGAGUCUGCAACACCACUAAGCAAGGGCCACCAUCAAGCAAGCAGCACCAUGAGGACCAAGGAGCAUCUCCAAACAGGUCAGGGACAAAGUUGUGGAGAAGUACAGAUCAGGGUUGGGUUAUACAAAAAUAUCCGAAACUUUGAACAUCUCACGGAGCACCAUUAAAUCCAUUAUUAAAAAAUUGAAAGAAUAUGGCACCAAAACAAACCUGUCAAGAGACGGCCGCCCACCAAAACUCACGGACCAGGCAAGGAGGGCAUUAAUCAGAGAGGCAACAAUGAGACCAAAGAUAACGCUGAAGGAGCUGCAAAGCUCCACAGCGGAGAUUGGAGUAUCUGUCCAUAGGACCACUUUAAGCCGUACACUCCACAGAGCUGGGCUUUACGGAAGAGUGACCAGAAAAAAUGCCAUUGCUUGAAAAAUUAAAUAAGCAAACACGUUUGGUGUUCACCAAAAGGCAUAUGGGAGACUCCCCAAACAUAUGGAAGGAGGUACUCUGGUCAGAUGAGACUAAAAUUGAGUUUUUUUGCCAAAAAAUAUUUGGCAACUUCAAAGUGGUAGGCAUGUUUUGUAAAUCAAAUGAUACAAAACUGUUGUGCUGAUUAAAGAAGCAAUAAAACGGCCCUUCUUGAGACUAGUUGAGUAUCUGGAGCAUCAGCAAUUGUGGGUUCGAUUACAGGCUCAAAAUGGCCAGAAACAAAUAACUUUCUUCUGAAUCUCGUCAGUCUAUUCUUGUUCUGAGAAAUGUAGGCUAUUCCAUGCGAGAAAUUGCCAAGAAACUGAAGAUAUCGUACAACGCUGUGUACUACUCCCUUCACAGAACAGCUGGCAGCUUCAUUAAAUAGUACCCGCAAAACACCAGACUCAACGUCAACAGUGAAGAGGUGACUCCGGGAUGCUGACCUUCUAGGCAGAGUUGCAAAGAAAAAGCCAUAUCUCAGACUGGGCAAUAAUAAGAAAGAAAAGAUUAAGAUGGCAGUCUGAGACAUGGCAUCCCGGAGUCGCCUCUUCACUGUUGACGUUGAGACUGGUGUUUUGCGGGUACUAUUUAAUGAAGCUGCCAGUUGAGGAUCUCUGAGGCGCCUGUUUCUCAAACUAGACACUCUAAUGUAUUUGUCCUCUUGCUCAGUUGUGCACCGGGGCCUCCCACUCCUCUUUCUAUUCUGGUUAGAGCCAGUUUGCGCUGUUCUGUGAAGGGAGUAGUACACAGCGUUGUAUGAGAUCUUCAGUUUCUUGGCAAUUUCUCGCAUGGAGUAGCCUUCAUUUCUCAGAACAAGAAUAGACUGACGAGUUUCAGAAGAAAGUUAUUUGUUUCUGGACAUUUUGAGCCUGUAAUCGAACCCACAAUUGCUGAUGCUCCAGAUACUCAACUAGUCUCAAGAAGGCCAGUUUUAUUGCUUCUUUAAUCAGCACAACAGUUUUCAGCUGUGCUAACAUAAUUGCAAAAGGGUUUUCUAAUGAUCAAUUAGCCCUUUUAAAUGAUAAACUUGGAUUAGCAAACACAACGUGCCAUUGGAACACAGGACUGAUGGUUGCUGAUAAUGGGCCUCUGUACGCCUAUGUAGAUAUUCCAUUAAAAUCAGCCGUUUCCAGCUACAAUAACCAUUUACAACAUUAACAAUGUCUACACUGUAUUUUGGAUCAAUUUUAUGUUAUUUUAAUGGACAAAAAAAAUGCUUUUCUUUGGAAAAGAAGGACAUUUCUAAGUGACCCCAAACUUUUGAACGGUAGUGUACAUACAUUUAAAAACAUGAAAGGAGAAGUUUCCUUUUUUACAAGCAAAUCUCAAUUUUUUAUGUAAAUAGCAUGUUAUAGAAGGGUCCAGACAUCUUUUUUUGUGAUUUCACGUUUUUGAGAAACGUAUACCAAACAGCAAAUCACUUCCUCGUCCUUUUUGUGUAGUGUGGGGGCUCUGAAAAAACAUGAACAAGGCUCCAAAAACACACAAAUACGUCCUUUUAGAAAUGGCAAAGCUCUCAGUGAAGUGAUGCAGUCCUUUAGAUGUUGUACUCAUGAAACUGUGUCAUUCCGAACUUUAUCCGCAAUGUUACAUUCCAUUUUGUACGACGAUUUUUUUGGUCCGCUUCUUCUUGUUUUUAGCUGAUAGGAGUGGAACCCGGUGUGGUCGUCUGCUGCAAUUGCCCAUCCGUGACAAGGAUAGACGAGUUGUGCGUUCCGAGAUUCCAUUCUGCACACCGCCGUUGUACUGCGCCGUUAUUUGUCUGUUUGUGGCUCGCCUGUUAGCUUGCACGAUUCUUGCCAUUCUCCUUCGACCUCUGAAAAACCCAGGAGCACUCAAAGUCGCUUAGGUCACUCAUUUUGCCCAUUCUAAUGUUCAAUCGAACAGUAGCUGAAUGCCUCUGCCUGCUUUAUAUAGCAAGCCACGGCCACCUGACUCACUGUCUGUAGGAGUAAUCCAUUUUUGUGAACUGGCCACUGAGUGUAAAUACUGUAUAUAUAUAUAUAUAUAUAUAUAUAUAUAUAUAUAUAAACUACAACUAAAGUCACAGAUGUACACAAUUAAUAAUAAAGAGACAAUUAAACUAAAGAAUAAUAAUGUGUGGGUGUGUGUAGAGUGUGUGUUAAGUGUGUGUGUGUGUGUGUGUGUGUGUGUGUGUAUCUAUCAGUUACACGUAAAUGUCAGUACAUGCACACAAACAUUUGGUCACAUGGGGGAGAGACGUUGCUUAUUUUGUCAUUACGUUGUUGCCUUGUCUGGUCAAAGCGAUACUGUUUAUAAACCAGGACAAAUGUUGGUUUGUUCUUCAGGAAGAAACAUUGUAAUAAUGCAUUCCUUCUUUCUUCCUAUCUUAUUCUUUCUUGUUCUUCGUUCUCCGGUUCUCUGUUGUGUCUCUCUUGUUUUGAUCAGCAGCCACCGCAGAACCUGACAUGGAGCUCAGUCCCAACAGAGUCAGAGAACUCUUCAUCAACUGCUCCAAGAUCCCUCUCCUCCUCCUCCUCCUCUUCUUCUUCGUCUGUUCAUUAGACACACUAAGUUCAGCGUUCCAGCUGGCUGGGGGUGAGUAGAUUACAUUCAACUGUCCCUACCAGUUUCAUUAGGUAAUCAGGGAUUUUUUUGUCCUACUAUAAUUAGUGGAUGUGUUGCACUGUCUGUCCUGUCAUCCCUGGAAGUGCUUUGUCAGAUAAACUGACUCGUGGAACCUGUGGAAACCUGUGGAAACCUGUUGAAACCUGUUGAAACCUGUUGAAACCUGUUGAGUCGAUGACAAUUACUAUUUUAUAACUAGACAUAAUUAAACUGAUACUAUUGGUACAAACUGAUUCAUGACAUGGUACUCUAAGCUGUGUUUGCUCUAACUCUGAACUAGGUAGAAACCCUGUGUUAAGAGCUGUACAUCCUGUAUGUGUGUGACUGAAGGUAAGGUAGCGGGGGACAUCUUCAAGGAUAAUGCGGUGCUGUCUAACCCAGUAGCAGGGCUGGUGGUGGGGAUACUGGUCACUGUAUUGGUCCAGAGCUCCUCCACAUCCACCUCCAUCAUCGUCAGCCUCGUCUCCUCAGGAUGUGAGUACUGGGAGAGAGAGAUUCUGUGUCUGUGUGUGUGUGUGUUCGUGCAGGCGUGCGUGCGUGUGUGUGCACACAUGUUUUUGGGCUUGUGUUUGUCUGUUUGAGGGUGAAAACAUGGCUUGUAAAUCUGAACUGACUGAAUAGGAUCAAAGGGACCUUUGACAACAAGAUGCUUUUGAAUUUGAAACAAAGUGGUGGAGCUCUCUCAUCAUUGUCAGUGCUUAGUUAUGUAUAACAGUCUCUGGGGGUGGACUGUCUGCUGCUAAUAGGGGUUAUCCACAGAUAUCUCUCAUCCACUGUGUGUAUGUGACCAGUGGCUACGGUACAUCAGUAUGCCAGUACUGUCUCUGUCUCAGCAGCCAAUCUCAGAGAGGAUACCAGGGGAAUUAUGGGCAAUUACUACCGCACAGCUUCCAUGGGCCUCCUGUCUGUCUGUGAGCUGUAUGUGUGUGUGGGAUGGGGGGGGGGGGGGGGGGGGGGGGGGGGGGGGGCGUGAAUGCGCAAAGGGUCAUCAUCUGCAUAAUAGGUCCCAGCGAUAAAAAAAACCUGUUCUUCAUUUAAAAACCUGAGAUGCCUCCACUCACCUGCAAAUUACCUUCAGUUUUUCCUCCAUUAAAAGCAUUUUGAAAUAGGAAGGGUCAGGUUUGAUAAUAUUUAAGCCCAUGCAUUACCAUAAUCAUGGUACUUUAUGCAGUCUUGGAGAAGAAGUCAAAGUCAUUAUACAAAUAUGGGAGGUUGUGUAACUGUGUGUGUGUGUGUGUGUGUGUGUGUGUCUCUGUGUGUGUGUGUGUGUUUCCUUCUGACAGUGCUGGAGGUCCGGUCCGCUGUUCCUAUCAUCAUGGGGUCAAAUAUUGGGACAUCGGUCACUAACACCAUCGUAGCCAUGAUGCAGGCGGGGGAGAGGAACGACUUCAAACGGUACAAGAGGAGAGGAGAGGAGAGGAGAGGAGAGGAGAGGAGAGGAGAGGAGAGGAGAGGAGGAGAAGAGAAGAGAGAGGAGAGGAGAGGAGAGGAGAGGAGAGGAGAGGAGAGGAGAGGAGAGGAGAGGAGAGGAGAGGAGAGGAGAGAAGCCCAUGUCAUCGCAAUGACCUUUCUGCUCAGAGUUCAAAGUUAAAAACACUUUAUUGUCCAUUUAGAGUGAAAUGGACACUUUCACUAAACCGACUCAAUCACAUAACUCAGUCACAUAACUCAGUCAAAUAAUGCAUAAGGAUAGAUAGAUAGAUAGAUAGAUAGAUAGAUAGAUAGAUAGAUAGAUAGAUAGAUAGAUAGAUAGAUAGAUAGAUAGAUAGAUAGAUAGAUAGAUAGAUAGAUAGAUAGAUAGAUAGAUAGAUAACAUAUUACAACAUUAAAAGGGAUUAAAAGGGCAUAUACAAUACCAGUGUGGAGCCGGAGAAGACGGCUGCCGUUUUACAGCCCUCUAACCAAUUGUACUAUUAUGUGUGUUUUUCCGUGUUAUUUGUAAUUUAUUUUGUACAUAAUGUUUCUGCCAUUGUCUCUUAUAACCAAAAAGAGCUUCUGGAUAUCAGGACAGCGAUUACUCACCUCUUCAACGAGGCGGCCGCGAAGGAUAUCCUACAGACACCCGACAAGGCCCAAAUCCCCGUCAUUCGCAUGAGGAAGAGAUGGAGAUAUCGUGGACGUAGGUCGGGGUGCCUUGUAAGGGUCCGACGGCGAGCGAGUAAACUGCCUCUCCCAUCAAUCCUAUUAGCCAAUCUUCAAUCAUUUGAGAAUAAAUGGGAUGACCUAAGAUUACAGUUAUCCUACCAACGGGACAUUAAAAACUGUAAUAUCUUUUUUCACCGAGUCGUGGCUGAACGACGACAUGGACAACAUACAGCUAGCGGGCUAUACGCUACAUCAGCAGGAUAGAACGGCUGACUCCGGUAAGACAAGGUGUGGCGGUCUGAGUAUAUUUGUAAACAACAGCUGGUGCACAAAAUCAAAUACUAAGGAAGUCUCAAGGUUUUGCUCACCUGAGGUAGAGUAUCUUAUGAUAAGCUGUAGACCACACUAUUUACCAAGAGAGUUUUCCUCUAUAUUUUUCAUAGCUGUCUAUUUACCACCACAAACCAAUGCUGGCAUUAAGAUUGCACUGAAUGAGCUGUAUAAGGCCAUAAGUCAACAGGAAAACACUCAUCCAGAGGCAGCGCUCCUACUGGCCAGGGACUUUAAUGCAGGGAAACUUAAAUCCGUUCUACCUAAUUUCUACCAGCAUGUUAAAUGUGCAACCAGAGGAAAAAAAACUCUAGACCACCUUUACUCCACACACAGAGACGCAUACAAAGCUCUCCCUCGCCCUCAAUUUGGCAAAUCUGACCAUAACUAUAUCCUCCUGAUUCCUGCUUAUAAGCAAAAACUAAAGCAGGAAGCACCAGUGACUCGGUUAAUAAAAAAGUGGUCAGAUGACGCAGAUGCUAAGCUACAGGACUGUUUUGCUAGCACAGACUGGAACAUGUUCCGGGAUUCUUCAGAUAGCAUUGAGGAGUACACCACAUCAGUCACUGGCUUCAUCAAUAAGUGCAUUGAUGAUGUCGUCCCCACAGUGACCGUACGUACAUACCCCAACCAGAAGCCAUGGAUUACAGGAAACAUCCGCACUGAGCUAAAGGGUAGAGCUGCCGCUUUCAAGGAGCGGGACUCUAACCCGGGCCGCUUAUAAGAAAUCCCGCUAUGCCCUCCUACGAACCAUCAAACAGGCAAAGAGUCAAUAAAGGACUAAGAUUGAAUCGUACUACACCGGCUCUGACGCUCGUCGGAUGUGGCAGGGCUUGAAAACUAUUACAGACUACAAAGGGAAGCUUAUCACUAAGCUAAGGAUCCUGGGACUAAACACCUCCCUCUGCAACUGGAUCCUGGACUUCCUGACGGGCCGCCCCCAGGUGGUAAGGGUAGGUAACAACACAUCUGCCACACUGAUCAUCAACACAGGGGCCCCUCAGGGGUGCGUGCUCAGUCCCCUCCUGUACUCCCUGUUCACCCAUGACUGCAUGGCCAGGCACGACUCCAACACCAUCAUUAAGUUUGCCAACGACACAACAGUGGUAGGCCUGAUCACCGACAACGAUGAGACAGCCCAUAGGGAGGAGGUCAGAGACCUGGCCGUGUGGUGCCAGGAUAGUAACCUCUCCCUCAACGUGACCAAGACAAAGGAGAUGAUUGUGGACUACAGGAAAAAAAAAGAGGACUGAGCACGCCCCCAUUCUCAUCGACGGGGCUGUAGUGGAACAGGUUGAGAGCUUCAAGUUCCUUGGUGUCCACAUCACCAACAAACUAUCAUGGUCCAAACACACCAAGAUAGUCAUGAAGAAGGCACGACAAAGCCUAUUCCCCCUCAGGAGACUGAAAAGAUUUGGCAUGGGUCCUCAGAUCCUCAAAAAAUUCUACAGCUGCACCAUCGAGAGCAUCCUGACUGGUUGCAUCACCGCCUGGUAUGGCAACUGCUUGGCCUCCAACCGCAAGGCACUACAGAGGGUAGUGCGUACGGCCCAGUACAUCACUGGGGCCAAGCUUCCUGCCACCCAGGACCUCUAUACCAGGCGGUGUCAGAGGAAGGCCCUCAAAAUUGUCAGACUCCGGCCACCCUAGUCAAAGACUGUUCUCUCUGCUACCGCACGGCAAGCGGUACCGGAGUGCCAAGUCUAGGUCCAAAAUACUUCUCAACAGCUUCUACCCCCAAGCCAUAAGACUCCUGAACAGCUAAUCAUGGCUACCCGGACUAUUUGCACUGCCCCCCACCCCAUCUUUUUACGCUGCUGCUACUCUGUUAAUUAUUUAUGCAUAGUCACUUUAACUCUACCCACAUGUACAUAUUACUUCAACUACCUUAACUAGCCAGUGCCCCCGCACAUUGACUCUGCACUGUUACCCCCCUGUAUAUAUAGCCUCCCUACUGUUAUUUUAUUUUACUUCUGCUCUUUUUUUCUCAACACUUUUUUGUUGUUGUUUUAUUUUACUUUUUUUAUUAAAAAUAAAUGCACUGUUGGUUAAGGGCUGUAAGUAAGCAUUUCACUGUAAUGUCUGCACCUGUUGUAUUCGGCGCAUGUGGCCAAUACAAUUUUAUUUUAUUUUAUUUGAUUUAUUAUUAAAAGUAAUCAGUACAAGUACCCAUAACACCGCUAAGGUACAUUAUUGGAGGAGAUCAAACACACAAUUAACCAACCAACAACUGGGCUCUGUCUCUGUGUUCAGGGCUUUUGCUGGGGCUACCAUCCACGACUGUUUCAACUGGCUGUCUGUGCUGGUGCUGCUGCCGAUGGAGGUGGCUACAGGGCUGAUGACCCACCUGGCCCACAUCGUGGUCAGCAGUUUCAACAUCCAGACUGGAGAGGACGCCCCCGAGCUACUGAAGGUCAUCACCGAACCAGUCACUAAACUCAUCAUACAGGUAUGAACCAGUCAUUAAACUCAUCAUACAAUAUAAAAAAAAACACCUGAAUGCAUACCUGUCAUAAACAUGUUGGCUGGGCUCCCCCUGUUGGCUGUGUGCUCCGCUUAUGCCAUCAAACCCCUGCAACUUAUCCAGAAUGUUGCUUCCUGCAUGGUGUUCAACUUUCCCAAGUUCUCCCAUGUCACCCUGCUCCUCCGCACACUCUACUGGCUUCCAGUCGAAGCGAGCAUCCACUACAAAAAUCUACUUACUAUGACUAUGAUAUGUGGUUGUCCCACCUAGCUAUCUUAAGAUGAAUGCACAAAUUGUAAAUUGCUCUGGAUUAGAAUGUCUGCUAAAUGACUAUAAUAAAAUAAGAUCAAGUAAACAUCCAUUCUCUCUCCUGUCUCCGUCAGUUGGAUAGGCGUGUUAUCACCGGCAUCGCCAUGGGAGAUGAGAGCAUGAGGAACAGGAGCCUGGUGAAGGAGUGGUGCCACACCGGUCUAGUUACGGUAAAGACCCUCAACACCGUCACUGUCUCAACACCGUCACUGUCUCAACACUGUGACUGUCUCAACACCGUCACUGUCUCAACACCGUCACCUCACCACUGUCAUCGUUGUCAUCAUUGUCACCCCCAGACCCUCUGCCUCACCACAUCACGGUCUCAACACCGUCAUGGCCAGCACCGUCACCAUUAUCAUGACUGUCACCACCGUCACUCUAGAGCCUGUAACCCCCACCAGCUGUUAAGGCUUUGGUGCAAUAAGCUCUGUCUCUGAUGAGACUUACUCUGUCACUAUUACAAUGAUUUAUGAAUAUACUGUCUGUGAAUGAUAAGAAAAAAGGCAUAUUGUUUGCUAUGUUCAUCUUCUCUCUACCUCGCACUCUCUCUCCUAUCUAUCUAUCUUCAUAUGCUUCUAAACUCUCUCCCUUUCUCUUUCCCAUCUGUCCACUCUUCAGUCCUCUGUGAAUGUCAGCAUCACUGGUCCUGUCAACUGUAGCUCCGCCCACCUCUGCUGGCAGGAAGGUGACAUCACCUGGACCACUCAGAAUCUCACCUCCGAGGUUAACAUCCAGAAAUGUAAGUCCAACAUAAACUGACAUACAGUACAAUGACAUAUACGACUGUUUUAUAAACCAUUUUUGACAUCACACUUAUUUUAAUUAUUAUUUAAUCAGAGGUUAUUAGAUUAUUUUUGGAUUUGUGUUUAGAUUUGGAUUUAUUUAUAAUUAAUGUUCAUUGUUUUAGCAGAAUAAGAACUCUAUACAGAUGUAGGAUCUUAAUUUGAGCCAGUUUGCUGCAGCAGGACACGAUUCCUGCAGCAACAAGACAUUUGAAUUAUUAUGUGGAAUAUAAUUAAUGAAAACAUUUUGUAGGGGUUAAUAAAUUUGACAUUUUAAAGUUGAAAUUACAAACUUUGGAAGCAUUUUUAAACCUUGAAUGCACUACAAGUUUGCAUUUCCUGCUGUGCAGGAAAAGUCUCAGCAACAAAAGAGUGAUCAAAUUAAGAUCCUGCAUCUGUAUAGUGAAAAUAAUAUAAGCCAUUUAGCAGACGAUUAUAUCCAAAACGACUCAGUUUUUUACAUAUGGGUGGUCCUGGGAAUCAAAACCACUAUUCUGGCAUUGCAAGGGCCAUGCCCUACCAACUGAGCUACAGAGGACCACAUUCUUGUGUUUAAUUUUUUCGAGGUUAUUAGAUUAUUUUUAGAUUUGGGUUUAGAUUUGGAUUUAUUCAUAGUUAAUUUUCAUUGUUUUAGCAGAAUAAGAACUUUAUACAGAUGUAGGAUCUUAACCUGGUUUCCCCCAGGUAGGCAUCUGUUUGCUGAUGCCCAUCUGUCAGACCUGGCGGUAGGGCUGAUCCUCCUGGCCGGCUCCCUGGCCCUGCUCUGCACCUGCCUGGUGCUCCUGGUCAAGCUGCUCAACUCCCUCCUCCAAGGUCAAGUGGCAAAGGUCAUCCAGAAGGUCAUCAACACAGGUAGGCGCCGGCCGGAGAUAGAUUGCAAGAUUUUGACUUACAAUAUAUGAGAAUGUCAAGUCUGAGCGUACUAAAUAUCAUCUCCACUAGCAAUACAUUUUAGACGGACAAGACAGACAGACGGACAGACAGACAUGCAGAUGGACGGACAGAUGGACAUGCAGACAGACAGACAGACAGACUGACAUGCAAAUGUCCAGACGGCCAGACGAACAGACAGACGGACAGACCUAAUCAGGGUCGCUACUAGUUACCACAGCAACAAAGUCAUAAUUAUGUCUAAACCCUGCCUAUUUAUGAAAUCCACUGGGAAGAUUUUCAGACAGACAAACCUCAUCAGGAUCUUGCUCUAACCAUUUUCAUUUAGACUUGCCGUAUCCGUUUGGCUGGCUGGCGGGCUACCUGGCCAUGUUUGUGGGAGCAGGGAUGACAUUCGUAGUCCAGAGCAGCUCUGUGUUCACCUCUGCACUGACACCACUUAUAGGUGAGUGACUUCUGGCUAGGGGAACAUCUACCUAGCCCAUUCUGACUUCUGGCUAGGGGAACAUCUACCUACUCCAUUCUGACUUCUGGCUAGGGGAACAUCUACAGUUGAAGUCGAUAGUUUACAUACACCUUAGCCAAAUACAUUGAAACUCUGUUUUUCACAAUUCCUAACAUUUAAUCCUAGUAAAAAUUCCCUGUUUUAGGUCAGUUAGGAACACCACUUUAUUUUAAGAAUGUGAAAGGUCAGAAUAAUAGUAGAGAGAAUGAUUUAUUUCAGCUUUUAUUUCUUUCAUCACAUUCCCAGUGGAUCAGAAGUUUACAUACACUCAAUUCGUAGUUCGUUGCUGUUAUGUGAAUUAUUUAACAAACUAUUUCAGUUUCUCUGUGCGUCUCCCAAAAGGUUGUAAGUCUUUUGGGAUUUAAGUAAUGGCCAGAGUCCCAGUCUGCAUAGUCAGAGAUAUUUAUUCAUUGAGAAUUCUGCCAUCACAAUUUCAGAGUCCAUCUUUUAUACUCAUACGUCAUACAAAAAGAAAUCCCUUCCCUCUGUAGGCGGGCUGUAGUUUUCCACUCUAAAACUGCUCUACUGACCUUCAGUUCACACACAUAUACACACAUGCAUACACACAUACAUACACACACACACACACAUAUCCUACUCCCUGCUUUACUCAGUUAUUGCCGUUCUCACAAUAUUCUGCACCAUGUUUUCAUAACAGUUUCUCCCCUCCCUAAAUUGGGAGGCCUCUUUAUCUUAGUUUCUCAGUUGUCUUUGUUGUCUGGCCUAACUCUUACUCACAUUGCUAAAUAGUGGCUCAAUGCCAUAGCCUUUACUGGUCCUACACUCACACAUUUCUAACACAUUAUACACAGUUUCAGGGUGUAAUAAUUAGUCAUUAAUAAUUAAUCUAUCAGUUGCAUUGCCUUUAAAUUGAAUAUUGGAAUGUAUUUGCAAAUACAUUUGGAAAGUAUUGGCAUGUAUUUACAACUACUUCUAAUGUAAGUAGUUGGCUGUGUAUUUGAAAAUACUAAAAUACACAGAAAAUAAGGAUAUCAAAUACUUAAAUAAUAAUGUAUUUAAACUCAUUAAUAUAUUAAACUUUUGAAAUUACCAAUGAGUGGCUCAAAUUCUACAAGAUUGUGGCUUUGGGAUGAGUGGUGACUACUGGUGGAUACUGGCUGGGUGUUUUGUGAGGCAAAGGCAUAGAGGAAUGGAUCCACACAGCUGUCGAUGAAGGUCAGUGCUCCAACAAAGUUGAAACUGGCUUCACAAAACUCUAGUAGAGCCUUAUCGUUGACCAAGAUGGCCGCCACUCCCAGCAGGAUAAUGACGUGGAGAGGAGUCCAUAGGACAAAGAAAGUCACAACAGUGCUGCUAACUAGCUUGGUCAUCCUGGGGUUUUCAUUAAGGUGUUCUUAAUGUUUGAUAUAAUAAUAUAAUAAUAAUAUGAUAUGCCAUUUAGCAGACGCUUUUAUCCAAAGCGACUUACAGUCAUGCGUGCAUACAUUUUUGUGUAUGGGUGGUCCCGGGGAUCGAACCCACUACCUUGGCGUUACAAGCGCCGUGCUCUACCAGCUUGUACAUAUAUAUAUAUAUGUAUACUCAUAUACUCAGCGUACAUGAGUACAUGAUGAUCGAUGCUUGACUGCUGUUUGACAAAUAAUAUUAUCCCUCUUAUCCAUAAUAAUCUCAUCAUGUAGACUAGCCUACCCGCACUGUAUCAUGUAGACUAGCCUACCCGCACUGUAUCAUGUAGACUAGCCUACCCACACUGUAUCUGUGGACUAGCCUACCCACACUAUAUCAUGUAGACUAGCCUACCCGCACUGUAUCAUGUAGACUAGCCUACCCACACUGUAUCAUGUAGACUAGCCUACCCGCACUGUAUCAUAUAGACUAGCCUACCCGCACUGUAUCAUGUAGACUAGCCUACCCGCACAGUAUCAUGUAGACUAGCCUACCCGCACUGUAUCAUGUAGACUAGCCUACCCGCACAGUAUCAUGUAGACUAGCCUACCCACACUGUAUAAUGUAGACUAGCCUACCCGCACUGUAUCAUGUAGACUAGCCUACCCACACUGUAAAAUGUAGACUAGCCUACCCGCACUGUAUCAUGUAGACUAGCCUACCCGCACUGUAUCAUGUAGACUAGCCUACCCACACUGUAUCAUGUAGACUAGCCUGUAUCUGUAUCUGUAUCUGUUGACACUAGAGUGCACGUUCCAAGACCAGAGUAGGCAACAGUUUUUGUGACAAAACUAUUAAUAGUGGAAAAUGCGAUGGAAACACAUUGAACUUCAAAUUUGUUUAUUAGUACAUGUAAACUUAAAUGAAAAAUUGCUUUUUAUGUGCACUACGUCAUUAUUCACAAGUCCGUUUGGUGGAAACACACCAUUGUUUGGAAAAUUCACAUAUUUUCUCAGGAUUUUAGAAUAUUCGCAUUAAAAUCUGUUGCCAAUUGGUUGGAAACCUAGCUAUUGAGACUAACUGACUGGUCGACUGGUUCUACGUAACAGGCUUUCAGUAUGCAGUACAGUUUCCAUCUGUCACGGGAUGUCACAGUACUCUGAAGACCUGUUUUUCUGUCCAGUGAAUUUGCUAUCCAAAUAUAGUCUUAGUGAGUUGGUAGUUACGGAAAGGCCCUGGUUAGAUGUUGUGUGUCAGUGAGACUUUGCAUGGGCCCUUUGAAUAUACUGAACUGUUUAUGUGAAACCACAGAUGACGAUGUGUUUAUCUUAAAUUAUCUGGAGAAUCUUGUAUAACCAAGCAGCCUAUGAAUUUGUUCCAGUUCAAUACUCAAAUACACAGAAAAUAAGUAUAUCACAUACAGAUACUUAAAUAAAACACAAAAAACACACAAAAAAAAAAUGUAUGCACGCAUGACUGUAAGUCGCUUUGGAUAAAAGCGUCUGCUAAAUGGCAUAUUAUUAUUAUUAUUAUUAUAAUCAUGAAGUCAUAAAGUAAAACAACAUAUUACACUGUUGAAAUGACCAAUGAUUGGCUGGCAAUCUUACAAGAUCGUGGCAUUGGGAUCAAUGAUGACUACUGAGUCACCCUGGAGUUGGCACACUGUUCUCUGGCUGUCUGGUGUUUCUAGAGGCAAAGGCGUAGAGGAAUGGAUCCAAGCAGCUGUUGAUGUAGGUCAGAGAUCCAACAAUUUCCCAAUUGGCUUUCCAGAACCCUCUCAGAGCCUUAUUCUUAGCCAAGAUGGCCACCACUCCCAGCACAUUCAUUAUAUGGUGAGGAGUCCAUAGAACUUUGAAGGUCCCAACGAUGAGGCUCACUAAUCUGGUCAUCCUGGGGCUCCUAAAGAAAGCUGUUUGAUUCACCAUUCUGUGGAGGCAGGUAUAAGCAGUGGCCAUCAUGGAGAAGGGAACUACAAAUCCCAGGACAGUCUCUAGAAGCAGCACUGCCACGUUCUGAUCAUCUGAUGCGAAAACAUACUCACACUGAACCUGUCCACUUUCAUCUUGCUUCAACUUGCGCAACACCACUGAUUUAGGGAUAGCCAGGACCCCGGCUAUCCCCCACACGACAACCAGCAGCCCCCUCUCCUUUGCCACUCCCAGUCUGCCCCAAGUCUGUGGAAAGAGGACCUGCAGGUAAUGCUGGAUGCUCAGUAGAGUAACAGACAGCAGGCUGGUGUAGGCGCUACAGUAGGCCAGGUAGAUAAAGACAUAACAAGCCACCAGGCCUAGCACCCAGUUGAAGAAAAUGCUGUAGAUCCACAUAGGUAGGGUGAUGAGGCAAGACAAGUCAGAUACAGCCAAGUUCAACAUCAGUCUCCGGCUCAAACUGGAUAGAUUUUGGUUUAGAUGAAGUUUGAACAUCACUGCGAUGUUCCCUGGAACUCCGAUUAGGAAGCAGAGAGACAAGACCACGCUAGAGGCUAGAUUUACACGGUUCCAGGAGAAGGCUGGAGGACUGAGGAAGAAGGCAUUGGAGGUGGAGUAGUUUAAGGUGGACAAGUUAAGGUCCUCCAUUUCUAGCAGUGAGACAAACGGACUGGUCUACUGGCACGAAGUCAGUUCGUGUUCAGACCUCUGCUCUACCAGAGGUGGGACUGAGUUAAUGACAUCAGAUAGAGGAGGGACAGUUUUGGAAUAGCUGGUUUUCUGUCAUGUGAAUAUUUCCUAUUCAAGUAGAGUCUCAGUGAAGUGGUGGUUUGGGAAAAGCCCUGGUUGGAUAUGAAUUUGCAUGGGCCAUCUGAAUAUACUGAACUCAUGAAACCACUGAUUAUCUUGUUUGUCAGUUCAUCUUGAAUUAUCUAGAGUCAGAAUCUUGGACAACCAAUGGACAGUAAGGUGGGUUCCUAUUCUAACAUGAAACAUGUUGGGUGGAUGAGUGUUGUUAUACAUGUUCAGAUGAUGGGCUACACAUUGGUGGUUUAAGCCAGUGGUUCUCAAACUGUACCAGUAUCACCAACAAGUACCUUCUCAUAUGCAGUUUACCAGUAAGCCUAUGGUCUCAUGAGUCUUCUCAAGUACUCCGGGUUGAGAACCACUGGUGUUGUUGUCUUUACAUCCUGCAGGUCUGGUGUCUGAUUGGAGGUUAACUUUACAGUAAUGCUAUUGGUCAACAACUCAGAUUUUGAAUCCAAACAGUCAGAUGUUAUAAAGGGAUCUCAGAUUCAUGGUCUCUUUCUCUUUGUUCCUGACCUGCGCUGGUGAGAUACACUCUCUCUUUCUUUCUCUCUCCAUCCCAGGGACUCUUGGUGCAUGACCUUUCAGGCUAUGCCUUCUCUCUCUCCCUCAAUGAUGAUGCCUAGAAUAAUGCCUUGUAAUGCUUGCUAAUGCUUUGUAACUUAAGCUUAUGCCUUGUAUGUGAUUUCAUUCAUUUUACAAUGAUACUAAAUCUCUGACUUUGAUAUAGACAAUUCUCAUUCCUUCCUUGAUAAUCCAUUCCUGUAGCUCUUUAAAGCUGCAAUAUGUAACUUUUUGGGCAACCGACCAAACUCACAUAUAAAUGUGAGUUAUAGAUCUGUCAUUCUCAUUGAAAGCAAGUAUAAGAAGCGGUAGAUAUAAUAUGUGCACUAUUUCAAUGCCUUCCAUGCUUAUAUUUCAUUUUUACUUUCGGUUUUGUUCACCAGCCUAAGAAAGCUGAAAAUACAAUAUUUUGGGUUAAUAAAAAUAUAUUUCACAGCAGUUUAGAUGGUACAGUGAUUCUUUACACUAUACUUGCUUGUUUUGUCACAUAAACUGAAGGCUGCUUGGUUUAGUAACCAGGAAAUGGCGGAGUGAUUUCUGCAUAGUGCACCUUUAAGAGUAUUGGUUGCAUAUUCCUAUUCAUCCGUUAUCUUUAUGGAGUCAGAUAUACCUUUUAAUAGACUGUCCAUUAAUUUCAUAGACUUAUUAUGGGUCUCAUGUAAGGAGUAUAUGAAAUACACAUACUGUAUCAAAUAUUACCCCACGACAAUGUAAGGGCUGAGUUAACCUCUCUAAAAAUAUUACCCCACUACAAUAUAAGGGCUGAGUUAACCUCUCUAAAAAUAUUACCCCACUACAAUGUAAGGGGUGAGUUAACCUCUCUAAAAAUAUUACCCCACUACAAUGUAAGGGGUGAGUUAACCUCUCUAAAAAUAUUACCCCACUACAAUGUAAGGGGUGAGUUAACCUCUCUACAAAUAUUACCCCACUACAAUGUAAGGGGUGAGUUAGCCCCUCUACAAAGUAAUUAGCAAAUCGCUAUCAUCAUACAGCAGACACGCUCCUCUGUGUGUCACAUGAAUGGUGAUGAACCCUUCUCCUGGUUUGCAGGUAUUGGUGUAAUCAGUCUGGAGAGGGCCUAUCCACUGACUCUGGGCUCCAACAUCGGCACCACAACCACAGCCCUGCUGGCAGCCCUGGCCAGCCCUGGCGACAAACUGGCUGCUGCCAUUCAGGUACAGACAGUUUGGGAAUCACUUAUUUAGCAAAAGGCUUUAUUCAGAGCGACUUACAUUCAAAUAAAGAAGCUGAGCAACAGCAAAAAGAUUCCUUUCAAGUAAAGCCCUUUUUGAAGGAAAUUGUUUCCCCCAAUGUCCACCUAAUACCGUCCAUCUUGUCUUUCCUCUCAAAUGUCCACCUAAUACCGUCCAUCUUGUCUCCAGAUUGCUCUGUGUCACUUCUUCUUUAACAUCAUGGGCAUCCUGCUGUGGUACCCCAUCCCUGUGACUCGUGUCCCCAUCCGCAUGGCUCGUGCCCUGGGUGAACGCACCGCCAAGUACCGCUGGUUCGCUGUCCUCUACCUCCUAGUCUGCUUCCUGCUCCUCCCGUCCCUGGUCCUAGGCCUCUCAUUGGCUGGCUGGAGAGUGAUGUUGGGAGUGGGCGCACCAUUUGUGGGUGUGACUGUUUUCAUUGCCUUGGUGAACCUGAUGCAGGUGGGUUAGAAAUACUGUAAUCAGCCAUUCUUGGAGAACAUUGGAAGUCGAAUUGAUGAUGGAGGCUGUACGUUUCUAUGAAGACAUUUUCUACUCAACUUCCAUUCUCUUCCAAGAGUGGUUGAAUAGUUCAGAUGUUUCAAAUUUGAUUGGUCUAUGGUUGGUUGGUAACAACAUUUCUCUGUGCUGCAGGCUCACAGCCCUGGCCACCUUCCCACCCGUCUCCAGAGCUGGGACUUCCUGCCUCGCUGGAUGCGCUCCCUCAAGCCCCUUGACAGGGUCAUCACCAAGGCAACUGGCUGCUGCAGCUCUGGCCAUGCAACCGGAGACGACGCGGUAACGACCCCUGCUGACCCCAAGGUUGUAGCCGCCCAGAGGAAGGCUGAACUGGUGUAUGAUAACCCCGUUCUUGAAUACCUGGAUGAGACGAAGCCAGGCGUACCUGUGUUUAAAUUGAAGGGUCUGGAGAGGUGCAACAGUACACCCCUCUAAUGGAGAUGGGUUUGGGUCUGACAUGGAAAAGGGUUGGUUUAAUAUUUUCUAUAUAAUCUCAGGAGUGCACUGCUCUGGGCCUCAAGGGCCACAGAGUGUUCUGGUCCUUGCCUUAUAACCUACAAUUGAUUUCUGCCAGCUGUGUAGUCUCUCAAUAGCCAAUCAAUGACAUAUAUUGAUCAAUUAAAUGCCUGGGAGAUGUACUGUACAGUACAAAGCCCAGAAGGAGAACUUAUAGUCUUUGAGGAUUGGAGUUGUUCAACCUCUUCUGUGGAUAUGUGUUAUUAUCAUAGCGAACCAGUCUGGAUCCAGUAGUCUAGGUUGAAGAUGACAGAGGUUAAGACAACAGAUUCUAAUAUCCCAUAACUCUUUGCAAAAAUGGGACCAGCUAUGCUAGUUAGCAACAGUGCUGGUCCAAUGAAUUUGUUUAUUUUCUAACGCUGCCGCAUGGAAUUAUUCCAUUGUCCUAACCAGUAUAUUUUCGACCUAGCCAGUAUCUAGUUCCCUAAGUGGGGAUGGGAUGAAUAAACACACAAAGACAUCACAACGGAGUCAAAGAGGGCUCACUUCACAAAUAAUCUAAACCAGAUGGGCGUAUAUGAAAUGAAUGUGUACUGUAUGUCACUGUGUGGGUUAGAAUGUUCAUCGUAGGUAUGUUUUUAUAAGUCUGUGUAAAACUGUCUGUUUGUGGGUUUGCUUAUGUGUUAGUCAUACAACCGUGUACCUACUGUAGAUUCACAGAAGUCAUUUGAUUAUGCAGAAGAUGGUCAUGCUUUAAGCCCCUUGAUGAUGCUGUUCUCUGUAGUGAAGAAAUACUUUACUAGCAAUUUGGGAACAGAAUGAAAUGUUCAGAUAAACAGUGUCUCUCUUUGCUCCAUGAACAAAACAGAGUACAGAGUGUGUAACGAUGUGAACCACUGAAGGGAAAGUGUUUGUCAGACAAGAGUGGAAAAAAUAUUUAGAAGAAAUAAAAAAAUACUAAAAAGGUGCAUGCUACUGUAUUAUACAGCUCUCUGUAUAGGCCAUUGAUUGUUUCCUUGACAAAUGUCUAUCUAAUGACACAUUUAUAUAAAACAAUGAUAUCUUGUCAAACAAUAUGUGUACAUACAUUUGAUUGAUAUAUUGGUGGUCGGUCCUUUCAAAUAAAAAAAGCAAUCAUAAGCAACAAGAAACAAGAGAAAAACACAGUCUUUGUCUUGCCAUGUCUGAAAUCCUAACUAAGUCAGUACCACAGCUUAUAGUUACAAACCUGUGUUGUAUUUAUUGGGCAAAAUAGUAUAACAGUUUCUAUCAGGUAGCCUUCUACUACCUAAACUUCCCAAUAAGAACACAUAAGAUAAUUUUCCAUUUAUAGCAUUUUCUUUAUUUAUGGCUGCUGAACAUGACCCUAGACUCCUCCAUAAGGUGACCCUCCCCUCAGGAUCCCUCCACCCCGUCACCCCUUCAAUCAGUAGCCCUCCACGCCGGCAGUCAUUUACUUUCUACCCUGUCAGUCCCCAUACCCUCCACCCUCCACCCUGUCAGUCCCCUACCCUCCACCCUGUCAGUCCCCUACCCUCCACCCUGUCAGUCCCCUACCCUCCACCCUGUCAGUCCCCUACCCUCCACCCUGUCAGUCCCCUACCCUCCACCCUGUCAGUCCCCUACUCUCCACCCUGUCAGUCCCCUACCCUUCACCCUGUCAAUCCCUUUCUGGGCCCUUUGGUUCCCCCCUCGCACAGACUAUCACACAAGUUAGGCAGAGGUUGUAAACCAGCUUUGGCCUGGACACGAGUGACAACUAAGUGUGACACAUGAACAUCAGACUGGCAAACUGACUGCUCAUAUAGCUGCAGACCCCCCACAUUUACCAACAGAUCAGAGAGUACAGGCACAUCCCUCCCAAAAUUCAUCUCAAAAGGUAGCUUCUCCAUUACCCAAACUUUGAGGUAUGUGGUGUCCGAGACAACGAUGCGGAUUAUGCUGUGAUGAUAAGAAUUCCGCUGACGCUGUACUUUGAUUAUAAAGGUUUAUUGUAUCAAAGAUCACAGUAUCAAUUUACAGACAUCUGCAGAUAUCUGGAGAAUAACCGGACCCAAUCCCUAAUAUGUUAUUUCUCCCCGUCCUUUGUUCAAAACAUGGUAUUUAUCCUAUGUAACAUAAGAUGGGUGUUUUUUUGACAGACCAAUCCCUGGCCUCCACAUAUCUCCAAAUGUCCUCUAUUCCAAGAAGCCUAUGUAGUAAUGCUUUCCAGAUGUUUCAGCAAAGCAGAGUAAAGUUCAUCUAUUACACCAUUUGCAAAUGUCAGCAAAAUCAUAGACCUUCAGACACUACAUAUUUCCCCCCUUCGAGACUAAUUAAGUCUCGAAAACAAAAAUAAUAGGAUUAUGACAAAUAACAUUUUUUGUUCUUGAGUAACUUCAGCAAUAAACCAACAUUUAUGGAGAGUAAACACAUGUUUAUAUAGACACAUUUUUGUAUGGAGUGUAAAUAAAUUGUUAUGGAGUGUAAAUAAAUUGUUAUGGAGUGUAAGAGCGAAAAACCUGUCUGGCAGCUUUCAUUCCAAAUAUCUAUCAAUCAAUCAAGACAGGAAAAUUCUCUCACGGCCCCUCUGCCCCAGGCGACCACCUAAGUACUCCAGAUCAAUUUAUAAAUCUUUAUCAAUGCAUUUUAAGCUAUGAUGCAAUUGAAUACACAUGAAAACCUCAGCAAACAAAAUACAAUCAAAAAUGUCCACAUUCAGGCUGGUCGACCCAUCGGUCCCUCCUGUGGAUUCUCUCUGUCCCUGCCUAGACCCAAUAUCCCUAAGCUUCAACGAAAUAAACAAAAACAUCUGAGGUCCCUACAUGUACCCAACAACAGAAAACAUAAUUCUUCAAAAAUGAAUACAGAAAGAAUAUAACACUGGAAUGUAGUCCACUACACUGCAGCUCCUCCACAGUGUCGACUUCCAAUGAAACGUCGAUGAUGGAAUCUGAACAUUUCCACACCUUCCUUGUUCCACUUCCUCCAGUCCAUUCAUAUUGUCCAUGUUUGAGUAUUUGAAUCCCCUCUACACAUUCCCCCAUAUGCUUCUGGAAGAAAAGAAAAUACCAAACAGUAUCUUUUGCAAAACAACACAUUCAAAUUAAAACAUCAAUAUCAACAAAAAACGAUAUAUAAAAUGAUAUAUAAAAUGAAUCACAUUCCAUUUCCCCCCUUCGAUUCAUAAGAAAAUACUAAAUAUCACAAUAAUAUGUAAAGACCUGAAAAAUUAUCACACAAUCAGAUAUUAAAAAUUUCCUAGAGUUACUUCAACCCUAGUUUUCAUAAUAUUUUAGUCUGACUUUUUUUCCCAAUUAUUUUUUUCAAAAACCAUUUCACUGAUUUAUCCACAAAACUCUUUCCCAUUUUCUGAGGAUAUUAAAUCGGGAAAUUCCCACCUGCUUAUGACUUCUUUACACAAGAAGUUGGCAAACGACUGAGCAUCUUUUAGCUUAGUUGGACAUCUUAUGCACCUCUUGGUGUAGGAAUGUAACCAAGAAUAACAGUCACACCCCUGCAAACAUUAUUUUUCAGACAGAUUGUGCACCUGCCUAUGACGUAGUCAACCUGUUAAAGCAAAUAUGGUUCCCAAAAACCAUACUUUGUGACCUUUCUCCUAACCUCCCCCCUUGCAACAUGAGCUAACCCAUGUGCUUCCUGAAUCAUCAGACCUAAUAGGUCUAGAGGCGCUACUAUCAACCCCUCCUGGUUUCUCCAAAGACCAGUAGCAUCUUUGACAGCACCUCUGUCUAGCCAUAAUUGUUUGUCGAUCGUAGAAGCAGCUUCCUGCAUCAAAAUCACAUCCUUAAGCGUAAUUUUGUCUUCCAAGUCCACUCCAUGAGUGACCAGAAAAACUUUGCCCAAUUUGUCUGCUCCUGUGACGGCUUUUGCAGCUUCAUCAGCAGCUUUGUUCCCUUGUGUGACUUUUGACACAUCUGUUUUAUGAGCUGCACACUUAGCUAUUAGGCUUCAUCAUAGCAUGCAACAGUUUCAUUAUUUGCGCAUGAUGUUGUAUCGGAGAACCAUCCGUUUUCUUAAACCCUCGACCUUUCCACACUGCUCCAAACAGAUGACAUACACUAUGUGCAUAUGCUGAAUUAGUGUAUAUCGUCACUCGCUUUCCUUCUGCUAACAAACAUGCUUCUGUUAGCCCCACAAGUUCAGCAAGUUGUGCAGACGCAGGCUGUGGUAUUACUUCAGCCUUUUCAACAACAAAUCCAGUUCCUUGGGCUUUAACUACUGCAUAGCCAGCACACAAUUGAUCUCCCACACGAUAACAAGACCCAUCAGUCCAAUACUCCAGGUCUGCCUCACGUAAUGGAAAGGCUUGCAAAUCUGAUCUAAGCCUCGAGUAUUUCUCUGCUUCUUGGACACAAUCAUGUGGCUCACCAUCCUCUGAAGUUGGCAAAUUCUCGGCUGGAUUCACCGUAUCACACCUCACUAGGGUGACAUCUUCCUUCUCUAAGAGCCCAUGAUAGUCUCUGAGCCUAGGCAUAGUCAAUGUAUAUUCUCCAAAGUUCAGAAGAUUUCUGAGACUAUGAUGGGUAAGAAUUGUUACUGGGUAACCCAUCGCAACAGAUGAUGCUUUGUCAUACAUUGAAUAUACUCCCACCAUUGCUCUGUAGCACAGUGGUAGCCCUAGUUCUACUUCUGAAUAGGCAGUAGAGUAGUAUGAAAUAGGCUGAGGAUUCGUCCCUGUGCCUGUCAGCUGACAAAGAACUGCACACAUGCAUAUUUACCUCCAGUAGAAGUAGACACAUAUAGCAAAAAAUUCUUAGAGUAGUCUGGUAGUGUGAGUGCAGGUGCCUCCUGCAACCUCUGUUUGAUCGUUUCAAAUGCCACAAGGCCUUCCUGUGUCCAGGAAAGAUUGCUAUGGAGUUGACCACUUCCAGUAUCCUUAACCAUAGCUCUCAAAGGUCCCAUCAAACUAGCAUAGCUCUCAACCCAAGCUGAAGAAUAACCAGCAAUACCAAGAAAUGUCAUCAUCUCUCUGACAGUUCUAGGCUUCGGAGCCUUACGAAUAGCUUCCAAUUGACUAUCCGAAAUGCUUCUCUGUCCAUGCGUUAUUUUCUGACCCAAAUAAACAACCUUCUCCUGGCAAUAUUGCAACUUUUUCUGUGAAACCUUAUGCCCCUUUUCUGCCAAUACCUGUAGCAAUUUAAUGACAGUGCUUUGCAAUAUCUGAUCUAUCCCUAUCAAAUCAUCCUUCAGUACUUUAUUGAAAAUGUGGGGGCUAUGCCUGUACCCCGGAUCUUCUGGGCACCUCUAGAAUCCUUGCUCCGGGCCCCUAUAAGGGUUCACCGGUCCUCCAGAUGAUCUUGACUGGCCCCUGUAUCUUCCUCUGAAAUUCCCUCUGGUGUUUCCUCCUGUCCCAUUACACUCACGGGCAAAGUGACCAACCUGUCCACAAUUAUAACACACUUCUGAAGAUUGCUGGAAGUAUGGCUUAAAUUUUCCUCCUCUUCCUCUUCCUAAGCCUUCUCGUCCUCUUCCUCUCCAAUUCUGUCUCUGUCCAGAAACUGGCUGUGGAUACGAAACAACUGGUACCGCUAUUGGUGGCUGGUACAAUUGCGGUUGGAACUGGUUCGGUUGAAGCUGUGGCAGUGAUUGUUGAUUUGGUGCACACUGAUUCUGCAUAACCAAAGCUUGUUUCUUCUCCUUCUUAUUCUCCACCAGUUGUAUUUGAUUGAGUUUUCUGAGAGUUUCUUGGUCCUGUUCUUUCUGGUUGUGUUCCUUUUUCCGGUACAGAUCCACUUGAUGGGCUAUAUCAUCUGUAUAGACACCUUUUGUCAUGCUUCCAAGUCCAACCACCUCUGCCAGUUUGCUCCUUACUGGUGAGGGCAGUCCCAUCUGUAGAUUAGCUCUCAAAAUUGACUGCUCAAUUUGACUCAUAUCUGGAUCAUUUCCGGUAAUAUUUCUCCACAUUUGAUGAACUCUUGACACAUAGGCUCUCGGAUUUUCUUGUUGUCCUAGUGGGUCAAUCAGAAUGUUGUCAGGAUGCACAUUUGUUGGAAACAUAUCUUUCAGUGCUCCCCACAGCCGAUUUCUACUUGCAGCUAACAAUUCAGGAUCAUUCACCGCAGUCCCCACAUAUCGAUGAAGUCCAGCUCUCUGAAAAAUGUCUUCCAUACCUAGAAUCCCAAGGAGAUUAGCCAAAAGUCUCUUAAUGUCUCCUAUGGCAGACUGUGUUCCCACCGUAAUUUCUUCCAAUUUUGAAAUCCAAGGAUAUGCUCCAUCUUGAAGAGUAGGCAGCUUCUCAAGUAUAUCUGACAUAUCGGUAUUUUGCAAAGGCUUAUUUAUACUCCAGGUUUUGUCCUCGAAUUAUCACUGGCAUCAUCUUCUUACUUGUGCUCCCUUGUCUUGGCCUCAAUGUAUACUUCUUCUCCAAUUCUUGGGAUCCUUUUUUCAGCAGUUUUUUCUUCUGUAUCUUCAGCUUCUUGAGUUGUUCUUCCAGUUCUCUUACUUCUUCUAAAUUAUUGGCCUUAUCCAGGCAUGAUAUGCAUCGAUCUAUAUAUUUUUCUAUUUCUUCUGUGCUAGUCAUUGUAGGAUAAAAUCCUCUUGAAUAUGAAGCACCUUUAAUCUCCAAAUCUUCAUCGCUGUCUCCAUUUUCACUUUCAUCAGAACUCGAAUCUCUUGUAUUCUUCUUCUUCCAACUUCCAUCACCCCUUUUUUCCGCUCCUGCCAACCUCUGUCUGAUCACAGGGUCAUAUCCACCCAUGAUCUCUUCUGAAUCACUCUGAUCAUCAUCAUCAUCAUCUUCAAGGUCCAUCCUCCUGAACCUCACUCCACCCUUAGUUUCCAGACAUCUUGUUUUCUUCUUACUUUUGGAGUUUGGAUUCAUCUUUAUGGUCGUUUCUGCUUGUCCUCUCUCUAUUAUUCGUUCAUCUUCAUCUCUGAUGCAAUAAUCACCCUCCUGAAUGGUCACUGGAAGCUGAGGAUAGACAUCCUUAAACUCUACUUCUUCCUCAUUAGGUGGGGGUAUUUUUGCUGAAUCCAUAUGUGAGAAAGGUGUAUUGACUUCUGCCAUUAGUUUUUCUGUUACCUUCACCUCUUUUGCCAUUUUCUCUAUACCUCUGUCUCUUUUAUCUUUUCUAUCUUUUAUCAGUUUUUGUCCUUCAUUUUCAAACAGCUUAAGAACACCCAGCUCUCUUUGUCUCUUUUCUUUACGUUGUUCCUCUUUUUUCCCCUUCUUUUGAUCUGCCUUAUACGUGGAUACAAGAACUUGCAUUAUCUUGAUGACGUCUGGGUUAAGAGUCCCUUCCACUGGCCAUGGUUGUUCAAUGUCAGGCCAACGUUUAUUCCAUUUUCCAGAUAACCUUGCAAUACCAUUAACUAGAGGAUUACUACUUUGUACUACAUCAACAGGAGUAAUUACUUUUGUUGAUGUAGUACAAAGUAGAUAUCUGCAGAUAUCUGGAGAAUAACCGGACCCAAUCCCUAAUAUGUUAUUUCUCCCCGUCAUUUGUUCAAAACAUGGUAUUUAUCCUAUGUAACAUAAGAUGGGUGGUUUUUUUGACAGACCAAUCCCUGGCCUCCACAUAUCUCCAAAUGUCCUCUAUUCCAAGAAGCCUAUGUAGUAAUGCUUCCCAGAUGUUUCAGCAAAGCAGAGUAAAGUUCAUCUAUUACACCAUUUGCAAAUGUCAGCAAAAUCAUAGACCUUCAGACACUACAGGUACUUCUGACCUUGAAUCUCAACUGUGAGCUCAGCUGUGGGCUGCUGCGACUGGUCACUGUGGACACACUGGAUCAGUGUCUGGUGACCGUAAUCAAUGCCAUUGCCAGGUACAUUACCUUUUCUGAUCAAAGACAGGGAACUGCCGGUGUCAACCAUUGCAGUAAGACUUUUACCAUUCACUUUUACAGGUACAAAGACUGAAUCUUCCCCACUUUGUCUGUCCUGAACACCACCCCCCUCUCUGGGCACAUAACAGUAACCUGAGAGCUUGGAUUUACGUAGUGGACAGAUUGAAGCUUUGUGCCCUUGCUGCUGACAGUAAGAACAGGUCAGGCCCCUCCAAUCAGAGAUAACUACAUUAUACCUUACCUCCCUCCUCCCAGACACAAACCCCCUAGAGUUACCUCCACCAUCUCUGGAGACUCUGAUGUCCCUUGUGUCUCUGAAACUCCUUGGAGCGGGUGCUGCAGGUCGUGGUGGGCCCCUUUACGUGCAUUAAGGUACUGCAGUGCCAACUUGGCCACCAUAAGCCCAUCCUUGGGCUCGUGCUCUCGGACCCAGGUCCGAGUGUCGUGUGGGAGAACUUGUAGAAGUUGCUCGAGGAUGACGACCUCACCGAUCUCGUCCUGCAUCUUCUCCUCUGGUCGAACCUAUUGUCGGUAGAGGCCUUUGAGGUGGUGGUACGUCUCCGUCGGCGACUCACCCGAUGGCAUCUAUGCAGCUCUGACGCGUUGGCGGUAGGUUUCCGGGGAGAUGUUGAACUUCACCAGCAGCGCUUCCUUCAGGUCCUUGUAGACGUUGGACAAACCCUCAUCCAUCGCUGUGUAAGCCUCUGAGGCCUUGCCCGUGAGCAAUGGGACAAGCCUGCAGGCCCACUCUACCUCUGGCCAAUGCUACAUCUUGGCCAUUUGCUCAAACCUCAGCAGGUAGUUUUAAAUUCCCUCUCCCUGCUGGUAUGAAGGCAUCUUCGGCUCCUCAGGAAUGCUGGAGGGUGGACGUUAGCGCGGCUGGACUGGUCUCCUGGUGCUGGGGCUGGCCUCAUCACUGCUUGGGAACCCUACUGUGGAGUUGAAGUCCCUGCUGCGUCGAUCCUCCGUCGUCCUGGUGUUGGCAGACCCGAUCUUGGGCUCUCACUGACGAGUUCUGUUUGGUGAGGAGCCAUGAGGAUAGAUUGCCAUAGGCCCCGGAACUCCUGCUUGAGGUCUUCGUCCCUCCUCUCAAGGCAGGUGAGAAGCUGCCGGAGAAUGGCUACCAUGGUUGGGUGUGGUUCUGGUCCCCCAACUGUUCCUUCAGUCGGCUGCUCCCGCUGCUCUUCUAUGGCUGUAUC